UUGUGCGUUAUCGUUCCUCCUAACGCAUCCCGUUCGAUUCUCUCUUCGAUUCGGAUCGGUGGUUUAUGCAAAAGCGUGCGCGACGACACGAGAAAGCGAAGAUAUUAAUCUCACGAUGAGACCACUGCUGGAAAUGCUACUAGUUGUAGUAGCGUUAGCUACGCGCACACGUGGACUCCCCUACGGAGAAGCGCCACCUCAGUUGUCAGCAGAAGAUCAACUCGUCUACGGCAACUAUCCUCGCGCUUCCCAGGCUCAAGACAACGUCUUUCCCAAUUACAAGGAGAACAUAGUUCCUCAACAAAUCGGUCAAUUCGAUUAUCAACAGUCGCAACAAAACACGUUCGAGGGAUACGAAACGCAAGGUCAAUCGUUGCAACAGGAGCAACAAAAUCCCGACUACGCGUAUCAGUCGCACGAUCAGACGUUGCAGACGUCUUAUCCCAGCGCCGCGGACGAUUUUACUAUCAGCUGCACCGGCGAAAACAAAGUCUGCGUGGCCAGAAGUCUGUGUAACGACGGAUACGUGCAUCCUCUGAAGCAAGGUUUUGUUCGGUCAGGACAGGUGCAGGAAUGCAGGCUCAGCCACGAAGUGUGUUGCACCGUGCGAUACGACAACUCGCCGUACGACAACAACGAUCAGAUCAACUCGGUGUUGGGGCCGAAGUAUCCCGAGCCCACACUGGAGAACGAUGAGAGAUACGUUCCCUAUGGAGAAAAUAAUCAGGAGGACGUGACGAGUUUGAAUCCACCUUUGAAAACCGACGGCGAAUCGCAGUCGGCGUCAAAUGGCAAAUACGCGAUCAAAUCUCCCAAUCAGUCCGCUGAGGAAGCGCCUGUCGAUUACAAUCACAUACCCGCUGAUACCAAUCAACAGACUCAAUAUCAAUCGGGCGAUUUUAGCGCCAGCGAGCCGGUCUUACCGAUCAAAUCGGCUCCUACAAACUCCAAUCCCGCUUCGGUCUUUCAAUUUUCGAUUCCUUCGGGAUGCGCGGCCGCCUUGCUCUGCGUUGAAGAGCAGUAUUGCACAUUGGAGGGCGUAAUCAGCAAGGAACCGGUUGCGCUUACCAGCAGUCAGCUGUUACGUCGCGUCCCGUUGAGCAGCUGCAAAAAUCCAGAGACCGGAGUGAUCGGCAAGUGUUGUCGCGAUCCGGAUUACGUGGAUCCGUGGCCGACGGGAAAUUUGCCGGCCAACUACAGCGGCGGCUUCGACGAACAGGGCUUUCCGACGUUCCUGAACAUCGCGAAGGUGCGACCGCCUACGAGGAAGCCGCCCACGAAGACGAUACUCAGACCCCCGGUCACGCAACCGCCGUUGAUUCACGAACAGCCCACGAAUGUCGUGCAAACCUUGGUGAUCGAUAAUACAGACGUGACACCGCAACGCGUGAUACCAAUUUCAACUCAGAUCCCAAUAACGUCGCCCAGCACACCCGCGCCGUUCACCAAACCACCGUACGAGUCCGGUUCGAGUAUCCAGCCGGAGGCUAUUGUUCCCGACGUGCCGCCAUUGUCGCAAUUACCAGAAUUGCCGCCAUUAUCACGAGUACCAGAAUUGCCGCCAUUAUCACGAGUACCAGAAUUGCCGCCAUUAUCACGAGUACCAGAAUUGCCGCCAUUAUCGCAAAUACCAGAAUUGCCGCCGAAUAAUCCAUGUGGAGUGAGAAAUUACGAACAACGACCGCAUGGCUUCAGAGAUUCCGAUGCUGCUUUCGCUGAAAUUCCCUGGCAGGCGAUGGUCCUAUGGUCGGAAGAGCGUAAAAUUUUGUGCUCCGGCGCGCUCGUGGCGGUUGACGUCGUUUUGACAUCCGCCGGUUGUGUAAAUAAAUUUGAACCGAAAGACAUAUCCGUUAAACUCGGAGAAUGGAAACUGGGCUACGAGCUGAAACACGAGGAGCCGCUUCCGUUCGAAAUCAUCAACGUGCGAACGAUCAAGUAUCAUCCCGGAUACGUGCAGGGAUUGUCGAGCAACGACACGGCCAUGUUGAUCUUGGAGCAUCCUGCGUCCUUCAAUUUGCACAUCAACACGCUGUGUCUUCCUGACAACUAUCAAGUGCAGGAAACCUCGCAAUGCAUCGUGACGGGAUGGGGCAAAUCUAUACUGCAGGCUCAUUAUGCCGGGGCCAUUAUGCACAUGGUCGAUGUCGAUCUUCUAUCGCACGACGUUUGUCAGAAUCGCUUAUUGGGAGCGGAGUCGCAACUCAAUAUAGCGCAUAAUAUAAUUUGCGGCAAAGCGCACGAUGAGAACAACAUGUGUCAGGCUGACAUCGGAGCGCCAUUAGCCUGUUACGAUGGAAAAGGAGCUUAUCACAUCGCCGGAAUUUAUAGCCAAGAUACCGGAUGUUUGCCUACAAAUCAAGUGGCGACGUUCGCACCCAUCGAUAUGACCUGGGUGAAACAGACCAUGCACUCGCACAUAGAUACCCCGCAAAUUGUUCCCGAUGACGGAUACGAUUAUCGAAAGAGCACUUUACCAGCUGGAUCUAAUCAGUAUUUGCCGCCAGUAUAAAAAAUACAUGAUGCGACAGCAUUUUUAUGUACUGUUGCGUGUGUAGCAUGUGUGUUUUUUUUUUUUUUUUUUUUUUUUUUUAAUACUCACGAAUGUGUUUUCAGAGAACGCAAGGAAUCACAGUCAUCACAGGGUGUGUUUGCAUAACCCGAUCUAGCGUAAUGCCGCGGGAAGUAAUUAUAUGUAGUAGCUUUUAAUUUUUAUGCUAAGUCACGAAAAAGAGUCAUCUUCUAUUGUCGCAAAUAUUAAAGGUACAAUUUACAUUACCAGAGUACUAAGUAUAUAUAUAUAUAUACUUGCGGUUGCUUACGUCUGACUCAUUUGAAAUUAAAAAAUAGACACAUGAUAUAUAAUAUCAAUGGCAAAACAACUUCUGUUACAGAAGAGAUAGAUAUAUUUUUUUUCUUAACAAAGUCACGACAUUACAACAGCGUUCGUUAUCGGAAAGAAAUUAAAGAUCUCGGAAGUCUUUUGUGAAAAUAAAAAAAAACCACGAUCGUCUAGACCUAGACGUUAUUUUAUUUGCAAUACGCGUAAAAAUAAUAUAUGUUUGGUGUAAAUAACGGGAACAUCACAUAAAAAAGACACAAUACUCUACAUGCGUAUCACGGGAUCUGUCAAAUACUCACAUUACAUUUAGUUUGAGUAAAAUAUUUGUAGGAGAACACACAU